AUGGCUGAAGGAAAUGCGUCCAUCGACAGUGGAAACCAUCAAGCUGUAGCCGGGACUGAUGCUGAUAACAACAAUGGCACUACAAGCGCUACGCCCGACGUACCCAGCAGCGUCACUGAUACCACCUUGACUGAAGGAAGCAGCAGCGUUGAUGAAAGUACCGUGGCCGACGGAACCACCAGCGUUACGGAAACCGCCACGACUGACGUAACCAGCAGCGUCGUCAGUGAUACCACCGCUCCCGACGUAACCAGCAGCCUCGAUGAUACUACCGUUGCUGAUAUCACCGUGACUGACGGAAACAGCAUCGUUACGGAAACCGCCACAACUGACGUAACCAGCAGCGUCACUGGUACCACCGUUCCCGACGUAACCAGCAGCCUCGAUGAUACUACCGUUGCUGAUACCACCGUGACUGACGGAAAUAGCAUCGUUACGGAAACCGCCACAACUAACGUAACCAGCAGCGCCGUCACUGAUACCACCGUUCCCGACGUUACCAGCAGCGUUACGGAAACCGCCACGACUGACGCAACCAGCAGCGUCGUCACUGAUACCACCGUUCCCGACGUAACCAGCAGCGUUACGGAAACCGCCACGUCUGACGUAGCCAGCAGCGUCACUGAUUCCAUUGUUCCCGACGUAUCCAGCAGCUUCGAUGAUACUACCGUGGCCGACGGAACCAGCAGCGUUACGGAAACCGCCACGACUGACGUAAUCAGCAGCGUCACUGAUCCCAGCGUUCCCGACGUAACUAGUAGCGUCGAUGAAAGUACCGUAACUGACGGAAACAGAGGCGUUACGGAAACCAUGGCUGACGUAACCAGCAGCGUUACUGAAACUACCGUAUCUGACGUAUCCAGCAGCGUCACUGUAACCUCCACGGCUGACGUAACCACUGUGUCUGACGGAACGGGCAGCGUUACUGAAACGGCCUUGACUCACGUAACCAACAGCGUCACUACUAGUUUUAUGGAUCGAGAAGACAGUACCGAUUCAUUGGAUUCCAGUGAUAGUGACCAGGAUUUAGAAAGUGCCAACAACUCUAUCAACAUCUCAUUACCUAUGGACCACGAAGACAAUGACGUCACUUCAAUUGUCAUGGCCACCAGAGAGGACAAUGCAACCGUGAAAAGUAACAUCGAGAUUUCUUCUGGUAUGGUUGAAGAUAACACCAUCACCACUGCAGAUUUCCUGGACUGCAAGAGCAGCACCGAUUCCUGGAAUACCACCGAYAGCGAUUGUGAAGGUGCCAUGGCUUGUAGAAGUAAUAUUAACAACUCAAUUUCUGUUCUCUACGAUUUCAGCAGUGACAGUGACAGUGACGAAAAUUCUGUAGGUUCAGAGAGCCAUGUCAACAACGAUGUUCUCAUAGCAACCAAGGCGAAAGGGGAUCGCUCUCUGUUGGAACCACACCCUGAAAAGCUGCACAACGAUAACAUGCUGGAAAAACAGGAAAACGCUUCUAAGGGAAGCUUGGAUAAAAACAACGAUAACGAUGUCGAAACGUCAAACAUUUCCCUUGAUACCAAUAAUGACGUCGAUGAGGUUAAUGACGUAACCGAUAAUGACGCAAUGGGUAAUGACGUCAAUAACCUGCAACAGGGCUUCGUGACAGAGAUCCUGGAAGACAAUGACUUAGKGGCGUGUGGUGAAGAAGUUGAUAAACAAGAAGAYCCAAAGUCAGCGUCCAAUGAAGUCAUCGAUGACGUCGACAGUGACGUCACUAGUGAUGACAUCACUAGCGAUUCAGAAUGGUGUCUUGCCAUAGCAACACGAAAUAAUGACGCAUUCUURUCUAGUAGCUCCAGCAGCUUGAGCUCRGAUGACUCCGUGGAGCGAACCGUUGAUAUCUACACCGACCUGUACGAUGAUCUUGCCGYCACGUUCUGUGGAAGACUGCUUGGUAACAUCAGUGAUUUGUUCGUUAUUAACCAUUCAAAAUACGGUCAUAUGGUGAAGUUUACAAUCCCUCAACAAGCUUGGAUUCCACCUCAAUUCAGAGGAUGCGAAGCGGCUAUUGUGACCGACAGAUUCGCCCGGGCGAGCUUCAAUGCAAGCGCGAACAUGGCUGACCACGACA